AUGUUCAAAAGCAAAUUUACUGAAACCAGGCGGUACCUUUUGCCACUAAUCGUUUCCCCUCGGUCAUAUUUGACUGUUACACUGGUUUGGCACUCGAACCACUGUUGAUAACAUCCUGGAGUAAAUUUUACAAAGUGUUUCUCAUACAGGUUGCUGUGAUGGCGGUGAAGCUGCAAGGCUUUGAGUUCUGGAAGACUACGCUGAGGGGGGCGCGUUACGUCGUUGCACCCAUGGUGGACCAGAGCGAACUGGCCUGGCGUCUACUGAGCCGUCGCCAUGGCGCCGAGCUGUGCUACACGCCCAUGCUGCACGCGCAGGUGUUUGUACGCGACGCCAACUACAGGAAAGACAACCUGUACAGCGAAGUCUGCCCCGAAGACAGGCCGCUUAUUACACAGUUCUGUGCCAAUGACCCAGAGGUGUUUGUCCAGGCAUGUCUACUGGCUCAGGACUACUGUGAUGCUAUCGAUCUCAACCUGGGAUGCCCACAGAUGAUCGCCAAGAGAGGGCACUACGGAGUCUUCCUACAGGAUGAGUGGGAGCUGCUGGAGAAGAUGGUGAAGCUAGCCAAUGAGAAGAUCUCUGUUCCCAUCACCUGUAAGAUCCGUGUGUUUAACAAGAUGGAGGAGACCGUUCAGUACGCUCAGAUGCUGGAGAAGGCUGGCUGCCAGCUGCUGACCGUUCACGGCCGGACCAAGGACCAGAAAGGACCCGCGACAGGCAUCGCUAGCUGGGAACACAUCAAGGCUGUACGGAACGCUGUUAACAUCCCUGUGUUCGCUAACGGUAACAUCCAACACCUGAGUGAUGUGGAGCAGUGUAUGGAGGAGACUGGAGUACAGGGGGUGAUGAGUGCAGAGGGGAACCUCCAUAACCCAGCUCUGUUUGAGGGUCACAGCCCUCCUGUAUGGGAGAUGGCUGAGGAGUAUCUAGAGGUGGUCAGUCAGUACCCUCCCUGUACCCUGUCCUAUGUCAGAGCACAUCUCUUCAAGCUCUGGCACCACACGCUGCAGAUCCACAAGGACCUGAGAGAGGAGCUGGCCAAGGUGAAGAACCUGCAGGGGCUGACAGAGGUCAGCAGACAACUCAGACUACGCUGCCAGGAGGAGAUAACCAAUGGAGGAGAGGAGGCGGGGCAGGUGGUUGGGCUGCCAUUCCCUCAUUGGAUCUGCCAGCCGUACGUCAGACCAGUGCCGAAGGCUCCGGUUGCUAACAGCAACGGUACGGAGGUGAAGGCAGUGUGUCACAAGAGGGCGUUGUCACAGGAGGACUCGGACGGGGCGAGCGAUGCCCUCUCCAAAAACAAACAGAAGAAGAAAGCCAGAAACCCCCACAAGAACUUCUGUCCCGAGCAGAAACCAAAGUACAUCAAGUGUGAGCAGUGUGGAAAUCCAAAGGGUAAUCAUUGUGUAUUCAACCUGUGUCGAGGCUGCUGUAAAAAGAAGGCCCACAAGGAGGUGGCAGACUGCCCAAGUCACGGGCUGAGGUUCAAGACCAAGGCAGAGAAACAGAAGUCAGAGCGGCAAGAGGAGGAGGAGGAGGGAAAGAGCAGAGGAUUACAGGAGGAAGAGGAUGGAGGAUUGUUGAACGGGACCCCCAGCCCCCCAACAGACCCCCCACAGAGGACAGACUGUGGCCUGAGACAUGGACUAACAGGGACAUAGACAUCCAUUCAUAAGUAGAGCAGUACACACACACACACACACACACACACCAGGAUGUGAGAAACUUUAUCCAUCAACAGUAUACAGAGACAUAAGAACGUAUUGUAAGGAACACACAUGUGCAUCCAUACUGUCUCAUACAUACUGAACUGUCCUCCAUUGCUGCUGUGCUGAACUGGCUUUGAUGGGGUUUCACCACUACACCCUCCUCCUACCUGACUGAUGUAAUGGAUAGACUCCUCCUACCUGACUGACUGGGGGAGUCUUCUUGGACUGAUGUAAUGGAUAGACUCCUCCUACCUGACUGAUGUAAUGGAUAGACUCCUCCUACCUGACUGAUGUAAUGGAUAGACUCCUCCUACCUGACUGAUGUAAUGGAUAGACUCCUCCUACCUGACUGACUGGGGGAGUCUUCCUGGACUGAUGUAAUGGAUAGACUCCUCCUACCUGACUGAUGUAAUGGAUAGACUCCUCCUACCUGACUGAUGUAAUGGAUAGACUCCUCCUACCUGACUGGGAGGAGUCUUCCUGGACUGAUGUAAUGGAUAGACUCCUCCUACCUGACUGAUGUAAUGGAUAGACUCCUCCUACCUGACUGACUGGGGAGAGUCUUCCUGGACUGAUGUGAUGGAUAGACUCCUCCUACCUGACUGACUGGGGGGAGUCUUCCUGGACUGAUGUAAUGGAUAGACUCCUCCUACCUGACUGAUGUGAUGGAUAGACUCCUCCUACCUGACUGACUGGGGGGAGUCUUCCUGGACUGAUGUAAUGGAUAGACUCCUCCUACCUGACUGGGGGGGAGUCUUCCUGGACUGAUGUAAUGGAUAGACUCCUCCUACCUGACUGGGGGGAGUCUUCCUGGACUAAUUUCUCUCUUGGACUUUAGCAUAACAAGUCAAGCUUUGAAGUCAACGGGAGAUUCACCCCAAAAAGUCCAGUUCCAAGUGGGUCUUCCUCGUUGGUCUGCAGCCGUUUCUGGAAGGAGGAAGAGCUCAUGGAGUCGUAACAGUACAGGAAGGAGGAAGAGCUCAUGGAGUCGUAACAGUACAGGAAGGAGGAAGAGCUCAUGGAGUCGUAACAGUACAGGAAGGAGGAAGAGCUCAUGGAGUCGUAACAGUACUAUCCCAGUACAGUACUAUCCCAGUACUGCUCAAUCUCUACAUUUAUUUGUCCUUUUGGUUGUGGUCAAUAAUGGGACUAUUUCCUGGUGAUCUUUGUCAUGUUUUUUCUCCCCCUCUGAACUCGAAGGAUAUUUUAUCACCUGACUGUUAGAAUGGUGACUGUCUGUCCAACAGUAGUCAGUCUGUUUUUAUUUUUAUAUCAUUUUUCAUCAAGCUCCUCGUCUUAAUGUUUGCCUGUGUGAUGAUGUGUAGGGCUUGGAGUUUGUUUUUUUCUAGGCCUGUCUCCAGAAAGUAUUUUAGGGUAGGGAUGCUGAUCUGAGAUCUGUUCAAUAUAAUCAUAUUCAUUAUUGUUGGGGCAGCAGGUAGUCUAGUGGUUAGAGCGUUGGGCCAGUAACCGAAAGGUUGCUGGAUCGAAUCCCUGAGCUGACAAGGCAAAUCUGUCGUUCUGCCCCUGAACAAGGCAGUUAACCCACUGUUCCUAGGCCGUCAUUGUAAAUAAGAAUUUGUUCUUAACUGACUUGCGUUGAGUUCAGUGCCUUCUGGUAGACAUAACACUUGGCCUAUCCAGUCAUAUAUGAACUUGAGGUUAAAUAAAUGGAAGUGAGAAAUGGUGCAUUUGAUAUUUCUCUCUUAACUAUGAUUUCUCCGUUCUUACAUUUUGGUGCCAAAAUGAGCCCCUUUGGACCUUUCUGCUGAAUAUCAAACUGACACGUCAUCUUGUAUUUUUUAUUGUGGUUUGUGGAUUUAUUUUGAAAUUAAAGAAAUCUAUGGAAAAAUAA